UUUGUCUCCGUCUUUUAAAACCAGCGUCAACAGAAGAUCAACUCCUCAGUGUUUUCUUUGCUCUGCCACCAUCUUUUCUUCCCCCUUCUCUAUUUUUGCUUCACCACCAUCCCGAGCAAGAGGAACCUUUGUUUUCUUUAAGUAAAUCGACUCUAUGAUUUUGGAGACAUAAUUGGCUUCCACUAGAUUUUGAGCGGAGUUGAGGCAGUAAGCUUGGGAAGAGCUUAAGGCUUGGAGUUUGAGCAAAAGUUGGCAGCAAUACCCACUUCAAAUGCAGUUAAACCCAUACCAAAAAGAAGCUUAAAGUUGAUGGAAAAUCAACCCGAAAAAUCACAGAUUUAGCUAUGAACAGUCUAUGCUAAAAGAAGAAACAUAGAGAAGCUGUAAUUGUUUUACAUUCUGUAUCCAAGAAAGAGUUUAAGGAUUUUGGCGACAAUUUGUUAGGAUGGAUAUCAUAUCUCAGCUACAAGAACAAGCGAAUACUAUUGCAUCCCUAGCUUUCAAUACUUUUGGAACACUUCAAAGAGAUGCGCCACCAGUGAGACUUUCCCCAAAUUAUCCAGAGCCUCCUGCUAACACUACUACGGAAACCCCAGCUGAUAUUGCAGAACAACCCAAGCUCAUGAGUGCUGCUCUAGUUAAGGCUGCAAAGCAGUUCGACGUAUUGGUUUCGGCACUUCCAGUGUCAGAAGGAGAUGAGGAAGCUCAAUUAAAACGUAUAGCUGAACUUCAGGCAGAAAAUGAAGAAGUUGGACAAGAACUCCAAAAUCAGCUAGAGGCGGCAGAAACAGAAUUGAGGCAGGUCCAAGGAUUAUUUAACGAAGCAGCAGACAACUGUUUGAAUUUGAAAAAACCUGAUUAAAGAGCAGUGAGAUCAACAGCCUAAGUAUUAGGGUCUUUCAACUUUCUUGCUCCAGCCCAACAACAUCAAGAUGAUUCGAUUUUCAAACUCUAAUGUCAAUACAUGAUGUGUUAGAUCUAUGAAGAGGUGGAAGAAGUAGAGCCAA